AUGGAUUCUUUACAUAUCCCAUUUCAUACCCCUAAACAACAACAACAAGCCUCGUCGGAGGCCGUUGGGCAACUACUAGAUAUCUCCCAAGGAACGAUUGUGGGCCGCAAGUCCCGAAAAACUAUUGUUCUUUGUUUUGACGGAACAGGUGAUUUCCCAUCACAUUCAAAUGCUAGUUCAGUGGGGUUGACAGGAACUGUAGGCAAUAGCUUCAAUGGCGACCCGAGCGAUAGUAACAUCCUCAAGAUUUUUCGAAUGCUAGAUAGAUCAGAUGGAGCGGGAUAUCACUACUACCAGCGUAAGUAAAACCGAAAGCCCCUGAAAUCUGGCCCGGUCAUUGAUAUAUGAGUUUUCUAUAGCUGGUAUCGGGACAUACGUUACCACGUCAUCUCUUAGUUCGACUGGUGCAUGGGAGAGAUGGAGGGAUUGGUAUAUGCAAUACAAAGAUGCAGCCAUUGGAACCUCAUUUGACGAGCAUGUUGUUGGAGGUUACAAGUUCUUGAUGCAAUAUUAUAGCCCCGUUAGUCCUAGAGGGCAUUCUCUCACUUUGCCGAACUGAGCUGACCUAUGAAGCACAGGGUGAUGAUAUCUACAUGUUUGGAUUUAGCCGCGGAAGUUAUACGGCUCGUUUUCUGGCGGAAAUGUUGGACUGGAUGGGCUUGAUUACAUACGGCAAUGAAGAAAUGAUACAGUUUGCUUGGAGAACCUUUAGUCAAUGGAAAUCUAUGAACAGUCAAGACCCUGAGGCAUUGGAGAAACAGAAGAAGGCGUAUGAUUUUAUGGUCUCUUUUCGAGAAACAUUCUCGAGGCCAGUUAGAAGAAUCGUGAGUCGACCUGGAGUUGACUGAUAGGUUCUAAGCUGACUGAUUGCAUAGCGAUAUCUAGGACUUUUCGAUACAGUCAAUAGUGUACGCCGAUUUGAACAUGCGAUGACAAGUAAAGUUCACAUGCCCGUAAGUCUAAAAACAUUUAUAUUUCGGGCAUGAACUGAAAAGCCAGUACUCUGCUAUAAGCUCUGCCAGAGUAAUCCGGCAUGCGGUAAGGUGUGUAAAUCCUUCUCGUUAAGACCAAUGACAGACUAAUGAAAAACUGAUUUAGUAUCGAUGAACGAAGAGCCAAGUUUAGGGCAGAUCUCAUCUCCGAAGAAGGUCGGCGGAAAACAGAGACCGAUGCUGCUCGAGCGAAACACAUCAAAGAGAAGCACUUCCAUCACCACCAAUGGUCCCAUGUCACCAAAAGAUUCAAGCCAAAGAAGAGGGCUUCGAUUCGUGUGGAGCGAUCCAGACCAAAGACCAGAGAACCACGAAGAAGUGCUCGAUAUCGAUCUCAUAGUCGCUCACAUGCUGUCGCGGUUGCAGAGCGGAGUGUAUCCCCUGAAGGUUCACUCGGAAUAGUCACAAUCGAUGAUGGGGAUGAAUCGUCCGAUGAUGAUGAAACGAAUCAGGUCAUCGAUGAGGUUUGGUUUGCAGGUGGCCAUGCCGAUAUUGGAGGUGGAUGGGGAUUGGCAGAGGGAGAGUAUGUAACUUUUCUACCUUUUCAUCGCAGUUUCUGAAAUCCAUAUUGAUACUGAUUUACCGUAGGGUACCACUGAGUCACUUACCCCUGGCAUGGAUUAUGCUAGGUGCAAUCAGAAGCGGUCUGAGAUUUAACGAAGAUAAGAUGAAGAAACUCGGCUGUUGGGAAUAUACCAUGGAGGCUGCUGGUAGAAAGGCUUCGAUGCCAACAAGUGUUCCCGCGAUUGAGGUUUCCAACGCACCUGAAGCGACGGUCGAAAACCCCACUCAACAAGAAAUCGAUGAUAGACUAUCCAAAGACAUGAAAAUCGCAAUGCAGACAACUUUUAAAGAACGGAUGCAGCGAGCAAUUAUGGGAAAGUGCCAUGAUUGUUUGGAGUAUGGACAAGGAACGUCACGAAUAUCUGUUUUUAUAUGGAGAAUGAUGGAGUGGUUGCCGUUCCGUAGAAUGGAUUUGCAAGAAGAUGGUAGUUGGAAACCUAUUAGAUGGUAAGCUAGCGUCAGGUAAAGCAUACAGCACAACUAAUUAUAUAGGCCACUUCCUCGAGGAGAGGUGAGGGACAUACCAUCAAGCUCGAAAAUUCAUCACUCUGUUAUUAAACGAAUGCAAGCGGACCCCAAUUACAGACCUGGAAAUUUGAUUAUAGGAGGGGGUGGAGUAGGUGUCCGAGUAGCUCCUCCUGAAGCUGGAAUUGGUGAAGUAAGUAUACCCGACUCCCAUUACUUGCAACUUUUUAAAGUAUGAAAGCUAAUUUCAUCAUCAUAGUGGGUUGUAUGUGAGGAAGAGGGAGAUGCCAUUGGAGAAUGCUGGAUAAAAGUGGAAAAAACAAAGAAGCCACGUCCAGAAGUAAAGAUUUCGUCUGUUGAUAAGAAGAAUCGAAUUGUACCUACAUGCAUGGUACUAUCGACUUUUCUUGUGGUUUUGAUUGGAUUCUGUUGGCGACGAUAA